CUCUCUCUCUCUCUCUCUCUCUCUCUCUCUCUCUCUCUCUCUCUCUCUCUCUCUCUCUCUCUCUCUCUCUCUCUCUCUCUCUCUCUCUCUCUCUCUCUCUCUCUCUCUCUCUCUCUCUCUCUCUCUCUCUCUCUCUCUCUCUCUCUCUCUCUCUCUCUCUCUCUCUCUCUCUCUCUCUCUCUCUCUCUCUCUCUCUCUCUCUCUCUCUCUCUCUCUCUCUCUCUCUCUCUCUCUCUCUCUCUCUCUCUCGAUCAGGACUAUAAGUGGCAAGAAAAUAUAAAAGUUGACCACAGCCCAACAUUUUCUCUGCGCGACAUCACCACAUUUUAGAUGUCAGCAAUUAUCUGUUGACUUUCGACGGCGCAAGAGGGAACAAAAGAUUUUCUCUCGCUUCGCUGGGACCGCUUGGGUUCGAAGCUGCCUGAUGGACUACAGGAUUCCUGAUGAGAUGUUGAGAAACGAGUCCUCAGAGUGGAAGUAGUAAAGUGUAGUUCUGACAGAGGAAGGUGACUGAGCACAUAUGAACAGCUAAAAGACCAUUGUUAAUGGAUUUUAAUGGCUGGGCUGGAAGAUUGUCACUCUCCCUACAUCAUGUCAGCUGAUCUUCAGACAUCCAUUUCCCCUUUUGUCAACGGGAUAAACUUGACAAUGGCGCCUGACCCUCAGCAGCCUUGUGUCGAUUACGACGCGCUACAGUGGCCACUUGCGGUGCUUUACUCCGUAAUCUUUGCUCUGGGUCUGCUCGGGAAUCUGAUGGCCCUGUGGGCUUUGUUCCACGUGCAUUCCAAACGGAACUCGGUGCGAGUUUUCCUCAUCAACGUGGCGUUCGCCGACCUUCUCCUGGUGGUCUGUCUGCCGUUCAGGAUUCUAUACCAUGCCCGUGGAAACGUGUGGACCCUGGGGCCUACACUGUGCAACGUGGUGGGCAACUUCUUCUACAUGAACAUGUACAUCAGCAUCACGCUGCUGGGGCUGAUCAGCGUGGAUCGCUACUUGAAGAUCCACCAGGGAACUUUGGCAAAGAGCAGGCUGCAGUCCACCGGACGAAGCACUGCUAUCUGUGUGGCGAUCUGGAUCAUUGCCUUUGGCUUGGCUUCAGCUUUCUUCAUGCCAAAGACUCCAUCGCAGGUGAACAGGUGUUUCCACUACAAAGAGCUUCACGAUGCAAAAUGGAAAGCGUACAUCAAUAUUUGCAUGCUGUUGGUCUUCUGGCUGGUGUUCAUCUCCUUGGUGGUGUCCUACGUGAAGAUCGCCCUCAAGCUUCUGAGGAGGUCGCAGAAUAAACCCGACUUGCCCAACGCUCACCGCUACUCAAGAACUGCCCGGAAAUCCUUCUUCAUCCUGUUCCUCUUCACUGUCUGCUUUGUCCCGUAUCAUGUGAUUAGGGUGUUCUACAUCAAGACCCAAAUUACAAACACCUCCUGCUUCUGGAAGGGCGUGGCUGACAAAGCCAAUGAAUUGGCGUUGCUCUUUUCGGCUCUUAAUACCUGCCUGGAUCCUGUGCUUUUACUCCUCUUAUUGUCCUCCGUGAGGAAGGAGGUGCGGCGCUUGAUGGCAAACAUGUUUCGUACACGAGAUACUUCGGUGGGAGUUAGUGGGAGCAGCUCCACAGUGGAAAUGGAAGGGAGAACUGGGAGGCCUGACAGAGGGCAAGUUAAUGUCCCGGCGACUUUGAAAUAAAGGAUUUGUUGACGUUA